AUGGAGCAGGGUUCUGAGGUUUCCAGCUCUGACAUGGUGGACUCCAUUUAUCUGUGUUAUGAGAAUGUCAACAAGUCCUGUGUCAAAGCCUACAUCUUCUCUCCUACUGUAAAAGGGAUCCUGUACAUUAUCUACGGCUCCAUAGUUGUGCUCACAGUGGCUGGAAACAUGCUGGUUAUUGUCUCCAUCCUCCACUUCAGACAGCUCCACACUCCCACCAACUUCCUCAUCCUGUCCCUGGCUGUAGCUGACCUGCUGUUAGGGGUUCUAGUCAUCCCUUUUGCCUUUGCCUACAAUGUGGAGAACUGCUGGUAUCUGGGGCACUUCUUUUACCGCUACUAUGCAGUGUGUCAUCCUCUGCGCUAUAGAACAACCAUCACUGUUCAGACAUCUCUGAUCAUGGUGAUUGUGAGCUGGGGAGUGUCUAAUAUGCUAGGGUUUGUGACAAAUUUCCUGGAGCUCAACAUCCUGGGUGAAGAGGAGUUCUACUAUGAGCAUAUGCUCUGUGAGGGGGGCUGUGUGGUGUACCUGACUGCCACUGCUAGCGCUGUCUCCUCCUCUCUCUCCUUCUACCUCCCUGCACUCAUCAUGCUCUGCAUCAACCUCAAGAUCUUCCUGGUGGCCCAGAGACAGGCUCGCAGCAUCCAGAGCACCACCUUCCAGAACCAGAAGUCUGGAGCUGUGGCCAGCAAAUCAGAGAGAAAGGCCUUCAGAACCCUGGCUAUCGUUAUGGGAGCAUUUUUAUGUUGCUGGACUCCUCUUUUUCUCUGCACUGUGGCAUCUCCUUAUCUUGUACACACCAACCUAUCUGUUAUUAUGGCAGUUACAAAUAGCAUUGGCUAUUCAAACUCCUUUCUUAAUCCUAUAGUGUAUGCCUUCUUUUACAGUUGGUUCAGGAAGGCAUUUAGGAUGAUUGUUUUUGGUUCCAUAUUUAAGCCACAAUCAUCCAACAAUAAAUUGAUGUCAGAGUAA